AUGUGGCAUCUGGUUCCUGGGGAUCCCGAUGCACGCCGGGGACGGGUGAGGCCGGGCAAGCGGGAUCUCGAAAAAGAGGCUGAGAAGCCGGGGCAGCGAGUCAAGUAUGGAGCGAGGCUUGAGCCGAUCCAAGCCCGUGAUCCCGUGAUGCUCCGGUACGUGGAGUGGAAGCCGGGGGCGGUAGCUGUAGCCGAACGGUCAAGCACCGAGAAGCAGCCUCACGGCGACAAACGACAAACGGGCUGGAUCGGGCAGCAGGGAUUAUUCGGGAACAAUACUGAUUGGAAGUGUCAAUCGAGUAACGUCUUCGCUAGAAGGAUCGAUAUCAUGAACUGA